AUGUCUUCUUUGGAAAUCAUUAGUUUCAGUUACAACAACCUCUCGGGAAGAAUUCCAACCACUGUAGGUCUUCAUCUUCCUAACCUUGAAAGACUUUACUUGGUACACAAUCAGAUCUAUGGGAAAAUUCCAUUGGUCAUAACAAAUGCUUCCAAGCUUGAGAUACUGUCGCUAGCAAAUAACUUUCUCACUGGAACUAUUCCGACUAAUUUGGGAAAUCUUCACGAGCUGCAAUAUUUUUUCGUACAUACUAAUCAACUUACCAAUGAACCAAGAGAGCAUGAGUUCCGAUUCGUCAAAUCAUUGGCAGACUACAGGAUGUGGCGAUAUCUACAAGUGGGUUCCAAUCCGUUGAAUGGCGUUCUGCCCAAUUCUAUUGGGAAUCUAUCAUCAACUAUAGAAAAUAUUUAUAUAAGCGAUGCACACAUCAAUGGCCUCAUCCCCACAGGUAUAGGAAACAUGAGCGGUCUAACAGGCCUAGACUUGGUAGGCAACAACUUGGCGGGAAGUAUUCCUUCUGAUGUUGUUAAGCUUAAGAAAAUCCAAGGGCAGUAUCUAAAUAACAAUAAGUGGCAGUUGCAGGGACAUAUUCCGGAGGCGGUAUGCCAUUUGACUAACUUGGUUAAUGAACUCUCUGGAUUAAUUCCAGAAUGUUUAGGAAAUCUUAUCAUCGAAGUUUCCUUUGAUCAUUUCGAAAAUGAGUGGUCUUCUUAUUCUAGACGUGUCACAGAAUUCAAUAGAUGA